AUGGAAGACUUACAGGUUGGAACCCAGAAAGCAGUGACAUCUGAAAUCAACCUUGAUUGGGUCAAUGAGCAUCAGCUAAGGUGCUUAGAAGAAAUGUUAAUUGUUAUGGGUGAAAAUGAAGUGCCUGGUGCAGAAACCAAGAGGAAUUGUCAUCUGAAUGAAAACAUCGAGAAAGGGCUGCUGCACUGAGCCUUCAGUGUUGUCUUGUUCAUCGCAGAAAAGAAGGAGAGAUCCAAUGCUAAACUAACUUUUCUCAGACAUUUUACUAACUCCUGUUCUAGUCACCCACAAAGCAAAUCUGCAGAACUAGAGGAAAAAGAUGCCCUGGGAGUAAGGAAGGCUGCCCUGAGAUGCCUGCAGGCGGAGCUGGGAAUUCCCCAGGAGCAGGUUUCUCCAGAGGACAUUGUGUUUAGGACAAGAUAUCAGUAUAAGGCAAAAUCUGAUCCAGUUUGGGGAGAACAUGAAAUUUGCUACUUUCUGAUUGUGAGGAAGGAUGUUAUUUGAAAUCCAGAUCCCAGUGAAGUCUUCAUCCUCCAGUUCCAGGAGGGACUGGAGGAGCUCCUGGAAAGGGGGGUCAGGGGCAAAGCAGGAAUCAUCCUUUGGCCAAGAACAAUCGCAGAGAAGUUUCUCUACAAGUGGUGGCCUCACUUAGAUGAUGUGACCCAGUUUGUGGAGGUUCAUAAAAUGUACAGAAUGUGAGAAGCAGUGAGAAGAAGCAUCAGUCAUAAACUGUGCUCCAGACAGACAGGAAGGGAGACCCAGGACUUA